AGAGCCCAUCCCCUGCCUGCUGUCGCCGCUCGAUGACGUCAUCGGUCGGAGCCCGGUUACCAGGCGGCGCCAGCGGCGGUUCGGGUGGAGAUGGCGGCGGAGCAGCAACGGCUGGUGAAAGGGGUGACGAGGCUGCAGGCCUAUGUCAGGGGUUAUCUUGUGAGGAAGAGGUUCCAAAGCUUACAGGAGGACUAUGAGAACACGGUAAAGGAGAUUGAAGGGGAUUUGGGUCAGUUGCAGUGGAAAGGACGCUUCAUACCAACUCCUGUCUUUCCUCAAAAGAAGCAGAUGAAAGUAAAGCGAUUAAUUGAUCAAGAGUCUGGAUCCAAAGACCAUAACAACACAGAUAAAGGGCAGCAAAAGCAUUGUCCUCUUGAGACACUAGAACCAGAAAAGGAUUGUGACUGUAGGAGUUACAUGAAACCUACAGCCCAGCUUCAAGAUGAUGAGAUGGUCUCAAGAGGUGAAAGCAACAGAGCGAAGCAAAAUUUAGUGUGUGAUGUAGAUAAAUCCACUGGACAGGACUGCAGCUUGUCAGGGGAGAAUACAGAAUGGAAGAACAAUAGCAACGCAUCAUCUGUAUGGAGCAACACUGUUCUGGAGACAGGGUCUACUGUAGCCAGCCAGGAGCUUCCAUUCAAGAGCAUAAAACAGGAGCUGCCUCAAACUCUUCCCGACCUCCAGUGUUAUCGAAAUCACUUGGCCAUGGAGUUGCUGUGGCUGCAACAAGCUAUCGUGAGCCGUAAGAAUUAUUUGAUCCUGAAGCAAAGGCUGGGGACUCCUGAGCGAUAGGAAACUGUUUCAGAGGGAUGCAGAGUGUGCUCACCUUGUUGUGGAGGAGCAGCUUUCUCUGGGACUAGCUGGACUGUGUCCCAUCCACUGCAGGAGGGGAAUCGUCGCGUGAGCAGCAUUAACUGCAGCUGCCUGGGAAAGCACUAGCUCCACUGUGGCAUAGACGUUCCUCAUGGUUAACUUGGGACUUCCACUGGGACUUUGUCACAUUCGUCAGAAUAAGAGUUAGUUACAAUGAAGAGGUUUAUUUUUAAACUUGAAAACUCUUGGUGAAAACACAUGUUCAGUAUCUGCCCCAUGCUAAGGAGGACGUUCUAUGUACUGAAGGGGUUAUUACCCAGAAGAACCCCAUUUCUGCUGACUGAGCCUGAGAGGGAAACCGCAGCCAGACUAAUUUUUUUUUAAUGUACUUUUCUU